AUGCGCAUAACUUUAUCGAGUCCGACGAUAACGUGUGAAAAGAAAAUGAUACUGGCGAAUUCACGAAAAUCGCAACAUCGCUUUCGGUCGCAAUUUCGGUACAAAUUGAAUGACUUGGUGUCGCCGCUUCUGCAAACGCGUAAAGAAAAUACGGGACAGCAAGAUGAAGAUUCGAAAUACGUAAAUGUCACGGCAUGCGAACACUCUCGCAAGAUUGAUCACAAGCGAUCUGAGGCGAUAUUAAAAUUUCUGACUAGACUUAAAAUAAUCAAGUUGUCGAAGAGUCAGGUGCAAUAUAACGAUUGCAAAUCUGUAACUUCCAAUUGUAGCAUUAGUCAUGCUGGAAAUACGAUGAAUCUAUCAUUGCGUCGCAAUACGUGUGAAAAUGUAGUCAAUAAAAAACCGAUUGGCUCAACGAUUACUGUAAAAAAUAAACCAGAAUCGAAAUCCCCUGUCAUAGCCUAUGAUUACGAGGCAGCUAUCAGUCAGCCUGACAUUCCAAUAUGUUCAAAUAUUGAUAAUAACACGUCGAACUCAAGCGCUGGCGAUGAUCCACGUUCUGCCACAUUAUUAAAAAGCAUGGCUUUAAAAUGCGAAUGUCGAUCAUGCAAUGAUCAUAAAUACGCUUCUACUGUUCAUACUGAUGAACAUACCGAGACUGAAUCCUGGAGCUCUCCCGAGAUAGAGAGUACGAGAAAAUGGAAAUCAAUCAGACAUCGUAAAUUCAUCGAUGCGAGUUCCGAAGAUUUGGACUUACCGAAUUAUAAUGCUAUUAAUUAUAACAAGAAAAGCAGGAAGAAUAAUGGGUCGAAUUUUGCGAGCCAUAUUACGAAACAACCCUCGAUAGUUAAUCACUCAAAAAUGAAAACUGAUCAGAAGACCAGUUUCUCGUUUUUUAAUGUCUUCUUCGAUAUUGUUUUUUGGCCUUUCGUUUUCCUUCGCGCAAAACAAUGA